AUGUUCAGCAACAAUGAGGCCGACUUCUGGAAAGAGGAAGAUCGCCUUAACAUGGAACAGGCGUACAGAACGCUACAUGAGGUCGCAGGGGUCGGACACGGCGAGAUAGCAGAAAAUCAUAUCAUUGUCAAUCGCGAGAAAAAUCGUGUCGCGAUCCUCGAUUUCCAGGGAGCAGACACAUUCAGCUCUAUCAGACAACCUAAAAGAACGAAGAGAAUGGUGGAGUGGGAUGAGGGAUGUUUGGAAGAAGUUCUCUAUCCCUGGAGAGGCAGACCAAGAGAAUUUUAA